CACAGCACUCACAGUCACACACUCCCACUCUCACAGUUGUCUCCUAUUGCUGUUGUUGGAAGAGAAGCGAACGGUAAAGCAGUGUUAAGUCAGUGUUGUUUGUGUACCGUAUUAUAAUGUAAUGCCACAGUGAAACGAAUACGUAUAUGAUUAUGUGCAUCUCGGGGCUCAGAAGUUAUAUUGGUUGGACCUCUUCCAGUACGUCAUGCAAUCUAAACACAGACGAUUCUGCUGCAUAUAAGAACGUAGAGUUGACUGCAAGAGGUCAGUCAGUCGGUUUAUUCAGGUCAUUUCCCUCACCACACAUUUUCAAGUCAGUACUAAUAAGAGCUGUGUGCCUCCUGCUGUCUGUUAUGCAGUUAUCAAUAUAUUUGUGAAGAACUGGCAACCUAGUUUGAGUGUUAUAGUGUCUCGCUGUGGUCUUCAAACUUCUGAUAGUGACCGCGUUAAGUCUUUGAAGCCCUUGGACAGUAAUAUAAGAGCUAUGUUCCCCUCGCCUUAUGAUAAUCAAAGUGACGACCCGGGGACAUAUAUCUGAAGUGUCUGCGUGAUUGGCACCUUCCUGAGCCGCUAAGCCGUGGGUGACGCGCGGGUCGUGGCUCACAAACUGAUCACAUAAUCCGCUUCUAAUUGUUAUCACUGCAUUUCCCGUCAUAAAGUAUUGGCAGCUGUGCAUCAUUAUCAUUCUCCAGCUCAAUCUAAACCAGGCUGGGUGCUGAAGACUGCCACUGUUCAGGAAUAUGCGACACUAGGAGCAGUCUACAUCGUGAUCCAGUGCUGUGACGAGACCCAUAAUACUAGGGACUGCGUUAUCGAGGUGCUAAUACUCCGUUGUGAGACUGAAGCUCAUAUACUCAAACUUCUCAAGGCUUACACACCCACAUUUGAGAAGGCCUUCGUAGAGGUUGUGUUAGUAUUGCCUUGGGUAGUUUUAUUAGCCUAAUAAUAGUUUGACACGGGGAACGAAAGGUGUUUGGGCUUACUUACUCAGAGAACUCACUGAGAAGGCGUUGAGGUUGUGUUAGUAUUGCUAGGGUAGUUUUAUGAGCCUAGUGAUAGUUUGACACGGGGAACGAAAGGUGUUAGGGCUUACAUACCCAGAGAACACACUGAGAAGGCCUUCGUAGAGGUUGUGUUAGUUUUACCAUGGGGAGUUUUAUGAGCCUGGUGAUAGUUUGACAAGGCUUUUGCACCAUGAAUGUGAAGAAACACUCAUGAAAACCCGACUAAUAUCCUUUGUGGCCUUGGGGAAUGGUUGUUGGGAGAGCCGAAAGCGUCUGUGAGUGCGAACCUGCUGGGGCUUAUAAGAGUUAACACCACAGUCCAACACCGUGUCUUCGUAACAACCGGAACCACACUACACAACCCCAUACACUCCAUAAUGGUGAGGUUCUCUACUCACCAUACACCAAAUACACAACAAGAGGUUAUCCGUGUAUAGUAUCCUCAAAUUUCUGAACUUAGAUAUGAAGACCAAACACUGUACAAGGAAUUAUCGAAGUCUUUAGUAUUGGUUUGGGAGUUUACUCAUCCCGGCGGCCGCAGAGACGAGUGACUUCAAGACCCUUACCUUACUUUCCGCCACCUGUUGGACGUUGCGCUAAAUCUGAAUAAUUGAGUUCCCCGUUCCGAUGAUGAUGAUGAUGAUGAUGAUGGAUGUUUGUCCGUGAGCGUGACGUAACAUGAGGAGAUAGGGGUGAAAGCAGGUGGUAGCGAGAUCAUCAACACAACCACCACCAGCGCCACCAGGAUGACGGGGGGGCUGAGGCAGAGGCUAAUGACGGAGGCGUGGGGCGGGACGUGGCAUCGCAUGUGGCGCACGAAGAAGGUGGCCUCAGGGAUGAUGGAGACGCCCCUCAGCCGAUGUCUCUCCACCCUGGACAUCACCCUGCUUGGCAUCGGGCACAUGGUCGGGGCGGGCAUCUACGUGCUGACGGGGACGGUGGCCAAGGACGCUGCGGGACCCGGUAUCGUGCUCUCCUUCCUGCUGGCCGGCUUCGCGUCCUUCCUCUCCGCUCUCUGCUACGCCGAGUUCGGGGCGCGGGUCCCCAAAGCGGGCUCGGCAUACGUCUACACCUACGUGUCGGUGGGCGAGUUCUGGGCGUUCGUGAUUGGCUGGAACAUCAUCCUCGAGCACAUGAUUGGCGCGGCGUCGGUGGCUCGGGCGUGGUCUGGCUACGUGGACUCGUUCUUCGACAAGGCUCUCAGUAACUUCACGAUGUCGACCAUCGGCACCAUGCACGCGGGCUACCUGGCGCCCUACCCGGACUUCCUGGCCUUUUUCGUGACGCUUGUCUACUGCAGCUUCUUGACCUUGGGUGUGAAGGGUUCAGCCUACUUCAACUCCAUCUUCACACUCAUCAACCUCUGCGUCAUGGGCUUCGUCAUCGUCGUGGGGCUUUACUUCGCUGACUUCACCAACUGGACCGGGGGAGAUGGCUUCCUGCCCUACGGGAUGUCCGGAGUGGUCGCAGGGGCCGCCACCUGCUUCUACGCCUUCGUCGGGUUUGACAGCAUUGCCACGGCGGGCGAGGAGGCCAAGGACCCGGCCCGCUCCAUCCCGCGGGCGACGCUAGUGUCCAUGAGCGUGGUGACGGUGGGCUACGUCCUGGUGGGCGCCACGCUCACCCUCAUGGUGCCCUACAACACUCUCAACCCCGCCGCCGCCAUCCCCGACGCCUUCGCAGUUCACGGCGCCGCGUGGGCCAAGUACGUGGUGAGCGUCGGGGCACUGUGCGGGAUGACCACCACGCUGUUCGGCUCGCUGUUCAGCCUUCCUCGCUGCGUCUAUGCUAUGGCGGUGGACGGCCUCGUGUUCUCCUGGCUGGCGCGCGUCUCAGACAAAACCAAGGUCCCCAUCAUCACGUUGCUGCUGUGUGGGUUCUUCUCGGCGCUCAUCGCUCUGCUCUUCGACAUCGAGAAGCUGGUGGAGUUCAUGAGCAUCGGGACCCUCAUGGCCUACACCAUCGUCAGCGCCUCCGUCAUCAUCCUGCGCUACCAGCCGGCGUCCAGGUGCAACAUCACGAGUCCCUCCCACAGCCAGGUAACCACGCCCACGUCCGUCGGUCCGCCUUCGCCCACCACGCCCACGGACGACGCAAUGAAGUCGCCUUCAGAUACGUGCUCCCUUCUGGGUCGCUGCUCGCCCCGGGAACCCAGUGAGGACGGCUUUGGCGAUGGCGGGGAGCUGCGGUCUUCGUUCAGGUGGCUGCUGACGCUCGUUGGGAAGCGGGAGCCGGGCGUGGUGGCGGCCUAUGCGGUGGUUAUAUUCACGGUGUUCAGCGCCGCGCUCUGCUCCCUCGUGCAGUUCGGCGGCGACUUCCUAGCGCUUCCUUACCCUGCCGUGUGGGCCGUCUUCCUCUGCAUCUUCCUCGUCCUCGCCCUGAUAUUCAGCGUGAUGGUGAUCGUGGCGCACCAUCAGAACCAGCUGGUGCUCUCCUUCCGCGUGCCGCUGGUGCCACUGCUGCCCCUCACCUCCAUCUUCUUCAACGUGGGCCUCAUGAUGCACCUCAACCCCAUGACGUGGCUGAGGUUCGUCAUCUGGAUGGCCCUGGGCCUCUUACUCUACUUCACCUACGGGCAGCACCAUUCACGGGAAGGCGAGCCAGUCACCAGCUGUUCCACCCUGCUGAGCGAACCUGCACCAGCCGGCAACACGGUCUUCGGCUCUAUGCAACAAACCCUCUCUCAAGUCACCUCCAAGAUCGCCUCAGCCUCCACCGAGGGCAAGAAACCCGUGUUGGACCAAGAGGAUAACGAUAACCUGUGAGCGCGUCGCGUGGUGGAUGAUGAUGACGACGCCUCACCAGGGAAAUCAUCUGUGUAAUGCGAUCUGCGGGGACGGAGAGUGAAGGGAAGGGUUGCCGUGUGUGUGUGUGUGGGGGGGGGGGGGGGAUGUGGGUGGGGGGAGGUGUGUGUAAGUGUUACGUCACUGUGAACUUUAGUCGAGGGCGUCGGGGGGUUGGUGUGUGGGAGACCUGCUGGCAGGAGUGACCUUUUGAGACUGCAAAUGAAAAGUGCUGGAUGAGAAUCUUAAGCGAAACGGAGGAGACAUCAACAUGAAACAAAAAGGAAACCCCUAUAACAUACAUUCCUAUAUAUCACGCGUGGCUACUCUUGGCUACUCACCCAGUUUUACUUCCAUCAACUGCAUAUAUCAAAGAGAAAAGCUCAAAGCAAUAGAAAGACCUGAAGAGCUAACACGCCAGCACUUACUACGAUCAUUGCAAUACUUAGAACAAGUCACAAUAUCCUACUGAAGGGUGUCUGACGUAUAUAGGGCAUUUGAAGUGACUAUGGGCGAAGUUCGAUUUUGGAGAGUCUAAGGAAACGUAUGGAGAUAGAUCAAGGAGAUUUAAAGUAUCGCUAUCCAUUGUGAUUUGAGUUCUAUAGCUAAUUGUUUCUGACUCAUUGGACUAAAUUCGGCUUGCUGGGUCAAAGGAAACGUAUGGAGAUAGAUCAAGGAAGUUAACAGUAUCGCUAUCCAUUGUGAUUUGAGUUCUAUAGCUAAUUGUUUCUGACUCACUGGACUAAAUUCGGCUUGCUGGGUCUAAGGAAACGUAUGGAGAUAGAUCAAGGAAGUUAACAGUAUCGCUAUCCAUUGUGAUUUGAGUUCUAUAGCUAAUUGUUUCUGACUCUGGACGAAAUUCGGCUUGCUGGGUCAAAGGAAACGUAUGAAGAUAGAUCAAGGAAGUUAACAGUAUCGCUAUCCAUUGUGAUUUGAGUUCUAUAACUAAUUGUUUCCGACACACUGGACUAAAUUCGGUUUGCUGGGUCAAAGGAAACGUUAAGAUCUAUUGAGUAUGUUUAAACUAUCGCCAUUCAUCGUGAUUUGGGUUCUAUGGUUGUCCCUCGUGUCAUUCCUCCGCUUCCGGGGAUAUAAAGUUUUCAGUGGUGAUUAAAACAGAAUGGAAAACACCGAACUACAAACGAAGCCUGGAAUCAAUAACUUAGCGUCUCGACUUUUGCUUCAUGGAGAUCACACGCGGUAAACAACUGGCAGCUUCUCGCGGAACUAGUGCAAAGGAAGGAGUUGUCGACCUGUUAGUGCAAAAGCAGAGAUGGAUUACACGUUCAGUCUAUAAGAGGUGAGUUAUUGAGCCACUCGAUGUAUUUCCACCAAGUAUACAUCUGGGACGAACGAACACACACACACACACACACACAGAGAUUAAGUGAGGAUGUAGUAUCGGCGAGGAGUGUACAAAGCUUUAAGUAAAAGUCGGAUAAAUGCAGAUACGGAGACGAGACCACACGAGCGUAAGCCCAAGCCCUCUAAAACUACAACGAGGUAAAUACAACUAGGUAAAUACACGUCAAUGUUCACGGUCUUCGUCUAAGCAUCCAUAACCUUGUCCUCAGCUGAGUUUAGUUAAGGCAGAGUGUGACAGGAAAGUCUGGGCCCAGUGGACAUUCUCAUAGACGGCGUUAUCAUAUUCAUUAUCUUGAUUCAGCGGUGGGUUCAGGGUUAAUUUUAGGGGGUGACUAUUUUAAUGUUGAUUAGGGGAUAGAGAGGGCAGGGUUUUCUGGGAUUAACCUUAACAAAACCCUCCCAUGACACUGCCAGUUUUAUUAUAUUAUCACCAACAACUCACUACAGGAACAGGAACUUGGGCCGCGUAAGUAAGGUUUGAUAUCGAUUUUUAUUUAUUUUUAUUUUUAGGGAGAAGCAAAUUAACUUUCACCUCAGUCGUUUAAUUUUUCUUUCAUUUAGUGCUGAAUAGAUUAAUGUUGGCAUCCCUAUCCCACCAUUUGGAUGAUAAGUCAGUCACAAGUGAACUAAAGGAAGAUGCGAUAAGUUUUUCAUGAUAGCAAGGCGAAGACAAAACCCAGCUCGGUACCUUACGAUUCUUUUUUUACAGUAGAGGAAACAGUUUAAGGGCAACAAAAAGGAAACAAUAAUGAAAAAAAAGCCCGUUACUCACUGCUCCCACAAAUAAGUCAAGAGGAGUGGCCGAAAGAUAGGUCAAUUUUGGGAGGAGAGGUGUCCUGAUAUCCUCCUCUUGAAAACAAACUGACAAAGAUUUGUUUUAAUCUCCUCAUGAAAACACUGCCAAAGACUUGUUUUAAUGAUUUCUCCUCAACAUUGAUUUUACUCCCUUAAUUAAGCUCUAGAAUACAGGCCAAGAGCAGAAAGGAAGUACUAGCAUAAAUAUAUACAUCUAUGCAGAGAAGAGUGCCCCUAUUGUUCUUCUCACUUUCAGGAGUUAAUUUUGAAAUCUACUUUUUCCCAUUUUCACUUGCAUACUAUACGAAUCCCUUCCCUUGAGAUGGCCAGUAGAGACCACAUGGGUAUGAAGAUUGUCGCAAUAUAUGAGUUCAGUAGUCUAUAUUUAUAGCUUAUAUAUGGCUCACAGCAUCUAGACACCCUAUAGAGACCUUACAUCAUCUGCAGGGUCACUAACAGACAUCCAGCAUCAAUGUGUUCACUAUUUUCCUGCCCCGAGAUGCUGCAAUACUGUCUCCAUUUGGUAUGAUUCGUAGAGUGAAAUUAGUACCCAUAGAACAGUGUUAAGGUGAGGGUUCUCCAUGGCAGGGGUUGAGGGGAGGGUAUGUGAGGUCAGGGGAGGUUAUGCUGUGUGUGUUGUGACAGUGUUGGUCAGUGUUGUCGUCUCGGCUCACCAGGGAACGACUGGUUAUAAUAAGGCUAUGCAGUAUCCCAAAGGAGAAACUUGACUCCAUGUUUAAACUGAUGCUGUGUUGAGUUGGUUUCCUUGUUUUCUCUCCGAGGUGUGUUAUGUGCCAAGGGACCUCCUGCUGGUGAUGUAUAUUUCAGUUCGCUGUCGAAAGUCUUAAUGCUCUUCAUGAGGUCUUUCCCAUACUGUUUAUUUUAGCUUAGGGAGGGAUGCUGAAAACAGGAUAGUUAGAUCAUGGUGGCUGUCUUGGGUGGGUGGAGGAGGUGGUGGUGGUGUGCUAACAGGGGCAUGGAUAUACUUGUGCUGUCAAGGGACAUUUGUUUAAAUCAUUCAUUCAAUAGCAGAGUAUUCGUGGAUUUUUAUGUAUACUGUCUGCAUACUUCACUGAUAUGCUGAAGUCUGGUUAUCCUCUCCUCCUGUUGAUUGUAGGGUUACAGGCGGAAGAGGGGUGGGGUGGGGGGCAUACACGGCGUGGGUGUUGUGUAUGAAUGUGUCGGGCCGGGCUGGGGGUGUACAGACGCUUGGACAUACAGCCUCAGGAUAAAAAUCAAUAAUAGUUUUAAUGACAUAAGUGGAUACUGGCCAAGCGCUAGGCAAUAAGACUUGAUAGCACCGUUUACUCCCUGCAAAUAUGAAAUAUGGUUCAGCGUUCAGAAGUGAUUUUGUAAUGUUCUUCCAAAGCGUAAUUCACUGGGAACUAGAGUAUAUUGGAUUGUUGGAAGGCAAUGUAUCUGAAAUUGUCUCUUCUUUGCCUAGCUUCUUUGCCUCUAGCAAAAUAUGCAUAUUUUUUUGUGGAAGUGAGACGAAGUCCAGACUAAUGAACAGCAGCUUGUGUAAUCAUAUGCCCAACAGAUGCUGCGCAGCUGCUAAGAGUGAUUGUGGUGUGUGUGUGUGUGUGUGUGACCGAAUGUCAGUUUUUUUUAUUAUGGUUUACCUCAUUGGUUGGUGUUUGUUGACGAUAAUUGUCCUGCUCCACAAAUGCUCAUAAUGGCGCAGUGCCAGACUAAUAGACACAGUGUAUAUCUGGUGGAGGAUGUGUAAAGAAAACCUGAGCAUCUUCAAACAGUUCCUGCUGUAGUCAGAAGUCCCAAAACUGGGUUGAAGUGUUGCUGAUGCAGUAACGUUACCUUAACAUAAUUGCUCAUGUAUUUUAAACACCAGAACGGUCUUAUUUUUUACCUAUUUAAAUACAGUCCCUGGAACCAACAUUGGAAAGUAAGACUUCAUUAGUUAAAAUUUCAAUGAGCCUUCACUAGAUUCCCUAGCGUUUGUAAGACAUUGCUGAUAAGGAGAAAAUCACAUCAAGUGCCAAGAAGAUCAGGGAGAGCAUUUCUCGACUCGGCUCCAUCCCAAUAGAUACUUUUGGAUUCUAUGUCUGUCAAAGUUGUGUAUCGUUCUGCAUCCCCGCCAAGGGUGCAUCUAGUGAUCAAAGUUUCGUUAAGUAGAACUAUUUAGCAUGCUAGUACCAUUUUCCCUUCGUGGGAUCUAUUGGUUCUAUCAUAACUAUGUUGUACUGUACUAAUUUAUGCAGCACUAUCCCUUCUAUGCAUUCCACAGUAUGUAUACAUUUUGAUGCAUCAGUAGAUCUAACUUUAUGGUCCAAGGGGCAGCCGAUGGCCGCAGCGCCCGGCAAUGUACUCUCCUGGCCUUGUUAGUAUCCCUUGCAUUUUUCUUCCUAGUCCAAGCUGAGCUGAAGGAAGGAAGGAAGAAACCCGUGGCACUGCUCACGGGCAAACAAGUCAUACUUACCCGUAUAUAUAAAGCAGAUUAAGGCAUUGUACUGUAUGUGUUGACUGUUUGGAGACUUUUAAGUGUUUGGUGUGAGUUCUUCUCUGGAUGUGAAGCCACACGCAGACAAGUGGUGCAAGUCUGCAUGUAAUGCUGGACUUUAAUGAAUUUAGUUUCUUCUUAAAAGUAACGCUUUAAGUAUGAUGGAAAUUAUUUUUGUAAAUGUGUGAUGAUCCCAGAGCGGAGUCUGUAUAUUGGCAGGAUAUAUUUUGUCCAUGUCUUCAGUGCCGGCGGUUGAUGUUGAGGGCGAGGUCGUGCUGGCCAUCCUCUCCUAAGUUGAGGACUUUGUUACUUCAAAUUGAAGGCUGUUUUCAGGCUAAUUUCAGCAAACUUUAAUAUUAAUUGCGGUUUGAACAUUUUAGUAAGUUAUCGCCCUUUGCCUGCCAAAUAUAUUACAUACUGAAGAAUACAAUAUACGCUGAGUGGUUCGUGCUGCGUCAGUUUUAAAAAGCACUAGUGUGUUCCGCGGCUGGGGCGUGCCACGGAGCCUUGCCGGGGGUGUUUCCAAAAAGCACAAGCGUGUUCCGCGGCCGCCUGUCCCCACCACGGCCGUCAGACCAGAGGCCAAAUAUUCAUGUUGCUUUGUACUGUACAUAAGAGUUUAUUUAUGUGUGUGAUGGUCUUAUAUAAGAGAUGCAUAUUUAUCUAUACAUAUAUGAACAGAGGCAUCUAUUGAAAGAAAUAAACUUUAAUCUCU